AUGACUGUCGAAGCCAUCAUUGAGUCCUUCCAAGAUUUCAACAUCAAUCCCUCAGAGCCAGAGGACACGCAAUUCCAACCGCUCUGCUUCAACCCCCCAGCUGACCUUAGAGCAACCUGCAGUUCUCUUUCAGAGACCCCAACCUAUCUCUUCCGCGUGGUCUCUCCCAAGACCUGCGCCAAAACAAGCAGCACAUGGGUCCGUCCCAAGAGAGUCCUUCCUCAUGAGGAAGACAUCUUCUCUAACCUGGAUGAAGACAACAAAAGACGCCGCAUAGCUGCCCUCCUGAACGACCAUCUCUGGUGGAAGGAGCCCCUCAACGACCCCUUCGUUUCAUGGACCAGUUCCCUACUCUUUGCCCUAGCAUACAUCUAUUACCGCCACUGGAGUGAAAGCGACGGUUCGCCUCUGGAUCAAAUCAACCUCUACGUGAUCGACACGACGCAGUUCCCUCGCGGAACAUUCAUCCGUGACUUGGACUUGCUCAAUGUCUUCAUCGAUUCCGAUCCCCUUCCAAAAGGCAACGGUCUGGCUAGGUUGAAGGGUUGGCGCGAUUCGAAUCUAUACUUUGGCGAGUAUCUGUCGCAGGGCGCGCUGCAGAUCAAGGGCAAAUGCCAGGUGAUCAAUGCGCAGUCCAUUUUCGCGGGCAACCGGCUCCAGCGCAUCCAACCCGACUUCGCUGAUAUCAAGGCCAAACCGCAGCAGAAGCCGCCAUGGGCGACCGAGGUCCGUCGCCUGCGCGAGGUGUUGGAGACACGCAGUGAAAGACGCAUGCAGACACAGCCUGCGGUUCUGCGUGAUAGCAUGCAGGCGCUCCGCGAGAUUGUGAACUUGUUCGAGAACCCCCCCUGGAGACUUCCCAUGGCUGUUUACUUUGCAGCGUUGAUGGGGGAUCGUCUGGGUGAGAACGCGGCGACCACUCCGACUACAACAACACCGACCGCGGGGUCGGCUGCUGCAUUGCUCGAAGGAUUGCGAUCAUUUUACCGAUCUUCCGAUAUCGGUCUCGAUUGCGACCAUCUCAAAACGAAGAUCAUCGCCCCCGCAGCGAUGCCCGAAUUGACUCAGACCGAGAAGAUCUUUCGUCUUGUUCACAAAGACUACACUCUGAGAAAGGCACUUGGUGAGUUGAUUUUCUUAGUAGAUAUCAGAGAUGUAUAUCUCUAAACGACUUUCCCAGAUACCCUAGGCAAGGCUAGAUCAUUCCUCGGAAGACUCGGGCGCAUCACAGGGACAGUCUCGGCGGUCGAUCCUGACCGAACAGCCACGAAAGCGAUCCUGUCUGAGUUAAAUACGAUAAUUAAGGACUCGAAGUUGAUAGUCAUGCUUGAUGCGUUCCCACAGCAGUUAUCUAAUUGAGGGGUAAUGCAUAAGGGUAUUCUCCAGAAGGCUGGUGAAGUGGUUCAAGGAGAUUGACGUCCAGAUUAACCCGCAGUUUAGCGAGAGCUUAUCGGGGGGUCCGGGGCUAUCACUAAAGCAGUUCUCCGGUGUACUGUCCGGUGUCUAUCUACUCAUUGAGUUUUCAAUCAGCUCGGGUUGGGGAGGUCCUUGACUCCACUAUGCAUGCAUGUCUGCGCCUUGUUGGUCGAUCUAUUUUGCUUGAGGGUACCAUC